CUCACACACACACACACACACACAGACACACACUCACGCAGCCAUCUGUCUGUCUGUCUAGGCGGUGUUGGUGACGACGUCAUGGAUGGCGUCGGCCACAUAGCCCACAUUGCCGCUGGUGAGUGCCGCCACGUUCAGCCGCCCGUUGCGCAGCAUGUACACGUGCCACUUGGUCAACAGCUCCUCGCACUGCGACUCAGACAACCCUGUGAAUGAAAACCUGUUGACCACACAGACACACUUGUCGAUUUCUGUGUGGCCAGUGGGGCUCCUCCAUCUCUCUCUCUCUCUCUCUCUGACUUACAUGCCGAUCUGUUGAGUGAUGUGCUCCCAGCUCCCGCGAGUGCCUUUCUUCUCGAUGGCCUCCCUCAGCUGCCGCCUCAUCGACGCCACGCGGCCGCUCACAUCCGCCAGCUGCGACUCCCACUCAGUGCGGUACUUGGUCAGCAGCAGCAGCGCCAGACGACCGCCGUGCGAUGGGGGGGAGGAAUACAUGGGCCUGCGGAGACACACACACAGAGGGAUGGUUGGGUGCGUGUGUGUGGUGGUGGGGUUGGUGUGUGACCUGAUGGUUUGCUUGAUGUGCGAGAGGACGGUCUGUGCGAUGGGCUUGGUGCUGCAGACGACGUGCAGCAUCCCCACUCUCUCGCCAUACAAGCCCAUAUUCUUUGCAAACGACUGCAUGAAAACACCCGUCCAUCCAUCCAUCCAUCCACACCCUUCAAAAAUUGCUGACCGACCUGCACCACAAUGCACUCGCCAGCAUCGGCAAAUUUGCGGACAGCCUGGGCAUCACGCACCAAAUCGCCGCUCGCAUACCCCUGACAAAAGGACAGAAACGUGCCACUUGUAUGUGUUGUGGUGUGUUUUGUGUCUAUGGGCUACUUGGUAGGCGCUAUCAACGAGGGGAAUGAGUCUCCUCUCCCUGACGACGGCAAUGAUGUCGUCCCACUCCUUUGCAGUGGGGUCCAUCCCAGUGGGGUUAUGCGCACACGCGUGAAAGACCACCUACACCCCACAAACACCCAGACAGAGACAGACAGAGAGAGGGCAUCAUUGCGACCCACACACGAUGACAAAGGCGCUCACCAUGCUGUGUGGUUCCGCCUCUUUCAGCGCCUGUAUCAUGCCCUGCACGUCGAUAGCCCGGCUCCACUCGUCCCAGUAGUCGUACUCCACCACCUCCAAGCCGCACGCCUCGAACAGCUGCCGGUGGAUCGCCCACGUCGGCCGCGACACGUACACCGAUCUGCACCCCUUGACGUUCCGCCGGAUCAGCUCGCCGAUCACACGCAGACCACCUGUGCCACUCAGCACCUGCACUCACAUCACACGCAGAGAGGGAAAGAAUGCCAACACGAAACCCACACGGAUGCAUUUCCUUCUCUCGCACCUGUGCGCUUGCGAUUCUCUGCUCCCUGACGGCGGCCGAGUCACUGCCGAACAACAUGACCUGUGUGGGCGCCUUGAGCUCGUGCAGCCCGUCUACAGGCAGGUACUCCUUGUCGGUUGUGGUGUCGUUGGCCAGCUCCUGCUCGGCCUUGCGGACGAUGGGGAAGACGUACGGCUCGCCCUCAUCGGUCCUGUACGCCCCUCGGACGGCAUUGACCUUCUCUCGACUCGUGUCCGCCUGAUGGAUGCGGGGAUGGAUGGAUGGAUGGAUGGAUGGACACACCACACACAGAUGAUGGCAGAUGUGUGUGUGUGUGUACUUUGUAUGCGCUCGUCAAGGCGAUGAUUGUGUCGUCCGGCGCCUCCGUGAGGCGCUCGAAGAACGACGACUGACCGCUGCCAACUGGCACUGCUGCCGCUGCUGUGUCAUGGAUGUCUGGCUGGGGGGGUGGCUCAGUCACACCAACAACACCAGCACUGGUGCCUUCGACAGGUGAUGGCACUGAGUCAGCCGACACACACAUCGACACUUCGCACGCGUGUGUGUUGUGGGAAAGGCGUGCAGGUGUGCCCACCUUUGGCUUUCUUGCAGAGGUGUGAGAUGCAGAAGUGCAGCACAUUCGACGGCCGGUCGGCGAGCAGCGCAGUCAGCAGAUCCUCCUGCAAACGACAAGGGAGGCGAGAGAUCUUGCACGAAAGUCUGAUAGAUGCAUACGCUGCUCUGUGUGCGCUGUGUGCCGCCUCACCAGCACGGGAUUAACGUGGUGCGUGAUGAACGCCUGCAGGUACAAUCAACACAUUGAAUCAACAGGAGGAGACAGAUCCAUGCCUGUCAAGUGAUGAAGGACAAUCGAUUCCUUUGAAGCAUCUACCUGGUGCUCUAUUUGGAUGUCCAUCGCCGCAAGACC